GAACCGGACCUUGUGAGUCUCAAUACUUUGAUAAAUGCUCGCCUGAGGUCAGGAGCCAUGGCACCAAACUUGGCUAUUGACCUUUUAAAUGAGGUGAGAAGAUCAGGUCUUAGGCCAGAUAUAAUAACUUAUAAUACUCUUAUAAGUGGCUGUUCCCGUGAAUCCAAUUUGGAGGAGGCAGUGAAGGUUUACAAUGAUAUGGAAGCACAUAAUUGUCAGCCUGAUCUUUGGACUUACAAUGCCAUGAUUUCCGUAUAUGGGAGAUGUGGACAAUCAAGCAAAGCUGAGCAGCUCUUUAAGGAAUUGGAGUCGAAAGGGUUUUUCCCAGAUGCAGUGACAUAUAAUUCCUUGUUGUAUGCUUUUGCAAGAGAACUUGAUAUAGAAAAGGUGAGGGAUAUUGGUGAAGAUAUGAUGAAAAUGGGGUUUGGUAAAGAUGAGAUGACCUACAAUACUAUUAUCCACAUGUAUGGCAAGCAGGGCCAGCAUGAUCUAGCGUUUCAGCUUUACAGGGACAUGAAAAUGCUAGGCCGGACUCCUGAUGCUGUUACAUACACUGUAUUGAUCGAUUCGCUUGGAAAAGCAAAUAUGAUAACAGAAGCCACUAAUGUGAUGUCAGAGAUGUUGGACAGUGGAGUGAAACCCACUCUUCGGACUUAUAGUGCUAUGAUGUGUGCGUAUGCCAAGGCUGGGAAACAGGUGGAGGCUCAAGAGACAUUUGAUUGCAUGGUUAAGUCUGGGAUUAGACCAGAUCAUCUAGCGUACUCAGUUAUGUUGGAUAUCUUUCUGAAGGUCAAUGAGACAAAGAAGGCUAUCACAUUGUAUCAGGAAAUGCUGCAUGACGGUUUCAAGCUGGAUCAUGCCCUCUAUGGGUUUAUGUUGCGGGUGCUUGGAAGAGAAAAUAAAUUGGAAGUCAUUGAAAGAGUGAUCAGAGAUAUGGAAAAAGUUGGUGGUAUGAACCCACAAGUUAUCUCAUCUAUUCUUGUUAAGGGAGAAUGUUAUGACCAUGCUGCUAAAAUGUUGAGAUUAGCCAUCAACAGUGGCUAUGAGUUGGACAGGGAAAGUCUUUUAUCUAUUGUCAGUUCCUAUAGUUCAUGUGGAAGGCACUCAGAAGCAUGUGAAUUGCUUGAAUUUUUGAGAGAACAUGCUCCUGGUUCCAAUCAACUUAUAACUGAAGCAUUGGUUGUCAUACAAUGCAAGGCUCACAGAUUUGAUGCUGCCUUGGUGGAAUAUAGUAAUACCAGAGGGUUCCAUUCUUUUAGCAGAAGUUCAACCAUGUAUGAAAUCCUGAUUCAAGGCUGCGAAGAGAAUGAACUCUUUGGUGAAGCUUCUCAGGUUUAUUCUGACAUGAGAUUAUAUGGUGUUGAACCAUCUGAGCAUCUUUACCAAAUUAUGGUGCUCAUCUAUUGUAAGAUGGGUUUCCCUGAGACAGCCCACCUUUUGAUUGAUCGGGCAGAAAUGAAAGGCAUUUUAUUUGACAAUGUCAACAUAUAUGUUAAUGUUAUUGAAGUCUAUGGGAAAUUGAAGCUGUGGCAGAAAGCUGAAAGUUUGGUGGGAAGUCUUAGACAAAGAUGUAAAGCAGUGGAUCGGAAGGUCUGGAAUGCCUUGAUACAAGCUUAUGCUGCAAGUGGUUGUUAUGAGCGAGCUAGAGUGAUCUUUAACACAAUGAUGAGAGAUGGUCCUUCCCCAACAAUAGAUUCUGUAAAUGGUCUUUUGCAAGCUCUGAUUGCUGAUGGGAGAUUGAAUGAGCUCUAUGUUCUAAUCCAGGAGUUGCAAGAUAUGGGUUUAAAAAUAAGCAAGAGUUCAAUUCUCUUGAUGCUUGAAGCAUUUGCUCGAGAAGGUAACAUAUUUGAGGUAAAGAAGAUAUACCAUGGAAUGAAGGCUGCAGGUUAUUUUCCUAACAUGGAUUGUUUCAGGAUUAUGAUCAAGUUAUUGUGCAGGGGAAAACGAGUAAGGGAUGUUGAAGCAAUGGUUUCUGAGAUGGAAGAGGCAGGGUUCAAGCCGGAUCUUUCAAUAUGGAAUUCCAUGCUUAAGUUAUAUGCAGGAAUUAAGGAUUUCAAAAAGACAGUUAAAGUAUACCAGCGGAUUCAAGAAGCUGUACUUCAACCUGAUGACGAUACUUACAAUACUUUAAUUAUAAUGUACUGCAGAGAUUGUCGACCAGAAGAAGGUUUAUCAUUGAUGCAGGAAAUGAGAAGGCAGGGCCUAGAACCUAAGUUGGACACUUACAAAAGCUUAAUUUCGGCAUUUGGUAAGCAGAAGCUGUUGGAUCAAGCUGAGGAACUUUUUGAAGAGUUAAGGUCAAAUGGAUGUAAACUGGAUCGGUCCUUUUAUCAUACAAUGAUGAAAAUGUUUAGAAAUUCAGGAAACCAUGCCAAAGCUGAAAUGUUGUUCACCAUGAUGAAGGAGGCAGGAAUAGAACCCAACUUUGCCACAAUGCACUUGCUUAUGGUUUCUUAUGGCAGCUCUGGACAGCCUGAGGAAGCUGAAAAGGUGCUUGACAAUUUGAAAGUAACUGGCUUAGAUCUUGAUACGUUACCAUAUAGUUCAGUUAUUGGUGCUUAUCUGAAGAAUGAAGAUUAUAACAUUGGAAUUCAAAAGCUCAAUGAGAUGAAGGAAGGAGGCCUGGAGCCAGAUCAUAGAAUAUGGACUUGCUUUCUACGGGCUGCAAGUUUAUCCCAGCACAAAAGUGAAGCUAUUAUUCUCCUAAAUGCACUGUGUGAUGCCGGAUUUGAUCUUCCAAUCAGGCUUGUGACAGAAAAACCUGAGUCACUGAUUUCGGAAGUAGAUCGUUGCCUAGAAAAACUAGAACCCUUGGAAGACAAUGCAGUCUUCAACUUUGUCAAUGCUUUGGAGGACCUUUUGUGGGCAUAUGAACUCCGAGCCACUGCUUCAUGGGUUUUCCAAUUAGCAGUAAAGAGAGGCAUCUAUAACAAUGAUGUGUUCAGGGUAGGUGACAAAGACUGGGCUGCUGAUUUUAGAAAGUUAUCAGCUGGUUCUGCUCUUGUUGGUCUUACUUUAUGGCUGGAUCAGAUGCAGGAUGCAUCAUUGGAGGGUUAUCCAGAGUCUCCAAAAUCAGUCGUGCUGAUAACGGGGACAUCCGAGUACAACAUGGUUUCACUUAACAGUACAUUGAAGGCAUGCCUUUGGGAGAUGGGUUCGCCUUUUCUGCCUUGCAAAACACGAAGUGGCCUUCUUGUAGCGAAGGCACACUCCCUCAGGAUGUGGUUAAAGGACUCCCCAUUUUGUUUGGACCUUGAGUUGAAAGAUGCCCCAGCUCUCCCUGAAUCAAACUCAAUGCGGCUCAUUGACGGAUGCUUCCUACGACGCGGUCUUGUUCCUGCAUUCAAGGAAAUAACCGAGAGGCUUGGCCUAGUGAGGCCCAAGAAAUUUGCUAGAUUGGCUUUGCUAUCAGAUGAAAAGAGAGAGAAAGUUAUUCAAGCUGAUAUUGAAGGGAGGAAAGAGAAGUUAGAGAAAAUGAAGGAAAAUGAUGAUCCAAGGAGGGUGAGCAGGAUUAAAAAGCUUAGGAAGAGGAAAUAUGUAAGACCGUCCAGAUUGUCAAACACCAAACAGAUUGUAUCAGGACAAAAAUCUUUAAAAUAGAGUUGUGAAAGUAUGGAAAGGCUGCAUAAUUUCCGUACCUUCUUCCACUUCAGCACCUCUUAGUUUAAAUCUUUAUUUUUGAUCUCAUGCCACAAUAACUUUAAAGACCCGAACUUCACUGACAGCAUGGAGGAGGAUUCUGAUGAUGAAACUCACGAGGAGGAGGAAGAUGA